AUGGGGAAGAAGCGGGUAUCAUACUUCUAUGAUCAGGAGAUGCCAUUGGUAUAUUUUGGCAGCGCCCACCCGAUGAAACCACACCGACUAAAGUUAACCCAUCAUUUGAUACUGAAUUAUGGAUUACACAAGCGAUUGGACUGCUUUAAUCCCAAGCCGGCUGAUCCUGGUGUGAUGAGUGAAUACUUUCAUGACGAGGAAUACGUCCAGUUUUUGAGAAAAAUAACGCCCGAUAAUGGAAGGCAGCAUGCAGCAAAUAUUCAACGCUUCAACGUUGGAGGAACAGCGGACUGUCCUGUAUUUGAAGGUCUAUUCGAAUUCAAUCAAAUUACUUCUGGGGCGUCGAUUGAUGGAGCUGUACAGCUGUGUUUGGAUAUGUAUGACAUUGCCAUCAACUGGUCAGGAGGUUUUCACCAUGCUCACAAGGCGGAGGCCGCUGGAUUUUGCUAUAUAAACGAUAUUGUGCUUGCAAUUGUCGAACUUUUGAAGGUACAUGCUCGAGUAUUGUAUGUCGAUAUUGACGUUCACCACGGUGAUGGAGUGGAAGAGGCGUUUUACACUUCUGACCGAGUCAUGACAUUCAGUUUGCACAAGUAUGGAGAUUUCUUUCCAGGCACAGGAAGUAAUCGAGAAAAGGGAGCAAAAGCCGGAGAUGGUUACUCCUUGAAUUGCCCUCUGAAUAAUGGAAUAUCAGAUGAAAAGUAUUUCGAUCAGCUCUUCAAGCCAAUAUUUGACAAGAUUAUGGAAGUCUUCCAGCCAAGUGCCAUCGUCUUGCAGUGUGGCGCAGAUUCGUUGGCAGCCGACAGACUAGGAACACUCAACCUCACCACCAAAGGUCAUGCAACAAUGGUUCAAUACGUCAAAUCCAAAAGUAUUCCAACAUUAGUCUUAGGGGGAGGUGGAUACACAAUUCGAAACGUUGCACGAGUUUGGUGUUAUGAGACGGCAGUACUUGUGGACAAACCUGACAUUUGCGACGAUAUUCCCUAUCACGAUUACUAUGAGUACUUUGCGCCGACUUAUAAGCUACAUUUGAAACCUGAAAAUAUGACAGAUUUGAACAGCAAAUCUGAUAUUGACAACAUUCGUACCGACCUGUUACAACAACUGAAGGGUUUGCGAGGUGCACCAAGCGUUGCAAUGCAUCAAGUUCCUCCUUUGUUUCAUCGGAUGGAAGAAAAGGAUGCCGAAAAAGAUCAGGAGGAAGACUUACAUGCAGAUGUCCGACCAAAGAAAAAACGUGGUAGGAAAUCAAAAAAGCAGCACGAAGCCGAGCUGUACGAUGGGGUUGAUUGA